AUGACCGAAUCAUUUUUGACAACAGAUAUCAUUGUUAUUGUUGUAUUAAUUGUAGUAUUAGCUUGUAUUGGUGCUUGUGCAUUUCUCACACAUUUUUAUUGGACAAAAAUUGGAGUUGCUGAAAUAUGGAAUACAACAAAAUGGAGUUCUAUACGAAGUUCAUUUUAUCGUACAAUAGGACGUUUAAGUCGUGCUAGUAGUAAAUAUAGUUCAGGACGGCCACUAAGCGGUUAUUCGAAUUAUAAUGAUGAAAGUAUACCAGGUUUACCACCACCAUCGAAUGAAAUUCCAUCAGCGGCUGUUGGCCCACAAAGAGUGACAAAAAUGCCUGAAAAACAAUCUCAGUCGGUCCCUCCACAACAAAGGUCACUUGCUCAAGUCACAGAGAAAAAACCCAAUUCGUCACCAAAUUCUAAACAACAAUCUACUUCUGAAGUAACUAAUACGAGACGUAAUUCACGAGGUGUUAAUCAAGUACAACCAGUAUCGACAAUUCCCCAUAAUAACUCGUCUUCUGGUAGUACGGUAACACAUAAACAAAAACCUCCAUCGCAAUAUGCAACAAAAAUCGGUCAACCACCAGCAAAUACUAAAAUUCAUAAUAUUCAUGAGAGUAAUAAUGUAUUGAAUGGUGAUGAUGAACCUGAGAUAUUUACAGCACGUUUCUGA